AUGGAAACUCUUAUGCUUAAAGGUGGUGUAGACGAGUCAGCUGAAGCUACCAUGGCUCGCUUCCAGGCUGGGUUAAGCAGAGAUAUUCAGGAUCGCAUAGAGAUGUAUGAGUAUGAGGAUAUCUUUGAGUUGCUACACAAGUCUAUCCUCAUAGAGCAGCAACUAAAGAGAAAGCAUCCAACCAAGGGUUCCUAUGGCAACAACUACAAGACGUCCACUACCAAGGAUGAGAAACCAAUUGUGAAUGCAAAGGAGGAACUCAAGGGAUAUCAGCGUGAUGAUAAAGGAAAGGCACCAGCAACCAGAGCAAGAGAUGUGAAGUGUUUCAAGUGUCAUGGUUUUGGACACUAUGCCAAUGAGUGUACCAACAAGAAGGUGAUGCUACUUUUGGAUAAUGGUGAUAUGAUAUCUGAGGAAGAGAAUGUUGAUGCCUCAGAAGAAGAGUUGAUAGACUAUCCAGUCCGAGCAAAGCUUGGAUUGAAAACAGGAAAGCAUCCUAAACCUUACCCACUUCAAUGGCUGAAUGAAGGAGGCGAGUUGAUGGUUACUGAACAAGUAAUGGUUCCUAUAACCAUUGGGAGAUACCAGGAUGAGAUAGUGUGUGACGUUCUACCUAUGGAUUCCAGCCACAUCCUCUUAGGAAGGCCCUGGCAGUUUGAUAAAAGAGCAAUCCAUGAUGGUUUUACAAACCGCCAUUCUUUCACCCACCGAGACAAGAAGAUUGUUCUAGCUCCCUUAUCUCCACAAGAAGUGCAUGAGGAUCAACUGCAGCUAAAACUCCGACGCCAAGAAGCCAAGAAAGAUUCAACUGAAUCACAUAAGAUGGGGUCUAAUCUUAUGGCCAAAAACAGUGAGGUUAAGAAAGCUUUCUUUCUUAAACAACCUUUACUUCUCUUUGUUUUUAAAGGUGCACUAACUGCUUCUAACCUUGCACCGGAGCUUCCGAAAGAUCUUCAAUUCAUCUUGCAGGAUUAUGGUGAUGUGUUUCAGAAGAAUAGUCCAGCAGGUCUGCCUCCUUUCCGUGGUAUUGAACACCAAAUAGAUCUGGUUCCAGGCGCCUCUCUUCCUAACCGGCCUGCCUAUAGGACCAAUCCAGAUGAGACCAAGGAGCUGCAAAGACAAGUGGAUGAGCUGAUGGAGAAAGGGCACAUCCGAGAGAGCAUGAGUCCAUGUGCUGUGCCAGUACUUUUAGUGCCCAAGAAAGAUGGAAGCUGGCGCAUGUGUGUUGACUGCAGAGCCAUUAACAACAUUACUGUGAAGUACAGGUAUCCUAUUCCUAGGCUCGAUGAUAUGUUAGAUGAAUUGCACGGCUUUGUUGUUACAGCUCAAGGAAUCAAAGUGGAUGAAGAAAAGAUCAAAGCAAUCCGAGAGUGGCCUAUUCCAAAGAAUGUGAGUGAGGUCCGGAGCUUCCAUGGUUUGGCUGGUUUCUACAGGAAAUUUGUGAAAGAUUUCAGCACCAUAGCCGCACCACUCACUGAGGAGAAGAGACCAAUUGCUUAUUUCAGUGAGAAGCUAGGAGGAGCCAUGGCGAAUUAUCCCACCUAUGACAAGGAGCUAUACGCUUUGAUCAGGCACAAGCUUAACAAGAGGCACGCCAAAUGGGUAGAAUUCCUUGAAACUUUUCCUUAUGUGAUUCAUUACAAACAAGGAAAAGAAAAUGUGGUAGCUGAUGCUUUGUCUAGGAGGUAUGCUUUGCUUGCUGCCAUGGAAACAAAACUGUUAGGAUUUGAUCAGAUUAAGACUUAUUAUGCUGAUGAUCCUGAUUUCAAAGUUAAGAAGAACAUUGAAGAAAGAACUAAGGCUUAUGCAAAGCAAGCUAACAAAAAGAGGCGUGAGCUGAUUCUAGAGCCAGGAGACUUGGUGUCAAUUUACUUGAGGAAAGAUAGGUUCCCUGCUGAAAGGAAGUCUAAACUUCUACCAAGGACAGAUGGUCCUUUCAAGUGCUUGAACGGAUCAACAACAAUGCUUAUAAAAUUGAUCUUGAAGGGAAGUACACUGUUAGCUCUACUUUCAAUAUUGCUGAUCUGA